CGACCUUUUCUGGCAUCUUUAUUUAUUAGCUUGGCCUGGCUCCUGCUGUCAGAGCUUACACGAGCUGUCGGCGGUAGCUUAGCUUAGCUUGUAUCAGCCUCCAGUAAUGACUUCUAACUUCACCCGACCUCAGUGACAUCUAGUCAGUGUUAGUGUUACGGAGCUUUUGAAAGGCGAUGGGUCUACCGCAGAGCUCGUUUCUGUCGGGCGGUGGGACUAAUAGUGGAUAUCAUGUCCACGGGGUGCAGGCGGACUCACCUGCUCUGAAGGCUGGACUGGAGCCUUUCUUUGACUUCAUCCUCUCUAUAGGAAAUGCCAGACUUAAUAAAGAAAGCGACUUGCUGAAAGAUCUUCUAAAAGCCAAUGUGGAGAAAGCGGUCAAACUUGAAGUGUACAACUCGAAAACCCAGCGGGUGAGGGAACUGGAGGUGAUACCCAGUAACAUGUGGGGCGGUCAGGGUCUGCUGGGCGCUAGUGUCCGCUUCUGCAGCUUCGAAGGAGCCAAUGAGAAUGUUUGGCAUGUGUUGGAUGUGGAAGCCAGCUCUCCUGCAGCCAUAGCCGGCCUUAUUGCUCACGAUGACUUCAUCGUGGGAGCUGAUCAGGUGUUGCAAGAUUCAGAGGAUUUCUUUUCUUUGAUUGAAGCCAAUGAGGGGAAACCUCUGAAACUGCUGGUGUACAACACAAAGACCGACCAAUGCAGGGAGGUGGUUGUGACUCCAAACGGAGCAUGGGGAGGAGAGGGAUGCUUAGGCUGUGGCAUUGGCUAUGGCUACUUGCACAGAAUCCCAACUCGUCCGGCUGAGCCUAACCCCCAGAACAAAAACCUUCUGCAAUCCACGGUGAUUGACAGCAGUGAAGAGCCUGUUGCGAGUGAGCACACUGAGGUGCCUUCAGAAGCAGCCGGCAGCCCCUCCAGCGACAGCGGAAUAGAUUUUAAUCAAAUCGAAGGAGAUGUGCAGGACUUGUGUGUAACCUCACCCACACAGCAGCACGCUGUAGACUUAGAUAUUUCCAACAUAUCCGAAGCAAUGACGCCAGACCUGUCAGACAUGGUUUCCGCCAAUGACAUUGGCCAGAGUUCCAUGUUUGCUAAUUAUGGCGAUGACUCUGGUGAUCAGUGUAGCUUGGAUACCUCAUCUGUUGACCAAAGACCUUCAUCUCCAGAGAGGGAAGAAGACUCAGACACCCAGGAGACUGAGCAGGCCCAUGUUAUUGACAUGAUCUCUACUGUUUCUCUGAGCGCCGGGAUCACGGAUGACCUCGUAGGCCUUGAAGUUAACACAGAAAUCCUGAGCGACCACAGUAUCCCAGAGGUGCAAGAUACCGGCUCUGAGCCCUCGAGCUCAGCCAAAACUAAGGAGGAGGAGACGUCGGAGGCUGCUGCACCAGACAGUUAAGAAAACUGCUGCACCAGAGUAUAAGUAGCCUGUUUCACUCAUAACUGAGUUGCAUUAGAGGAGAUUUAGAGCACACUUUGAUGCAGAAAAGCUUCCCUAUGAUUGUAAGUUGCAUCACUGGAAUUAAUAUUUACUUUCUAAAGAGUUUUAUUUAUAUACUGGUGCCAUUGCUGCAUGCUGAAUUGCACAUUUAAGAAAGAUAGUAUAUUGACUGGAAAUUAGGUCAGGUGGGUUAUACAAAUCUGAAUGUACUCUAUGAUUUAGGUAUACUGUAUGUCUCAACGUCAAGCCUGAAGCCUUAGUUGAGUUCUUGUUGCUGUUAAACGUCACCCUAGUUUGCACUAAAAAGCCAAAGGUGACUAAUAUUUUGUCUUGUUGCUCUUACCAUUACCUGCUAAGUAGUAUGAAACACUGUUAGAAAAAAAGAAGUUUGAGCUGGAGUUCACACAGAUCCAUCAUGUGAUUUUUCUUUUUUUUUUUUUUUUUAUUUUACAUUUAUCGAUUUGAGGUUGAUGUUUUUAUUUUGUGACAAGUACACAUGUAGAAAAACAGAAACGUUUUUUUAAAUCUCAGGCCUUCACCAUGUAAGCCUCUUUGCCUUAUGUCUCAUUUUAAAUCCCCUCCUUUCUUAUGUGUAGGUUUGACCUUU